AUCUCUCCCUUCAUCCUCAACACCGUGAUGACCAUCACAGCCGCCAUGACAGUGCGACAAUGUGAGGAGCAGCGUGAGGAGGCGCAGAUGGAGCUUAGUGACCUUUGGUCUGUCAUGAACAUCUACGGCUGUAACUACUGGUUCCUGGGCGUGGACCAGGCCACUGAGGUUACCGAGAGCUUCAGAGACCAGGACGGACGCAGCGAGGGCGAGAGCUUCACUGCCGAGGUCAAGGUGGUCCAGGUGACUCUGGAGUCCGGUCUGGGUCAUCGGACUGUCCCUCUGCUGCUGGCCGAGUCCUCCUUCAGCGGAGCUGCCAAAAACUGGUCGUCUCUGCUGCAGCUGAAAGCCGACAUGACGCUGGAG